AUGGGCAUGGGCCUGGGUCUUGGCCUGGGCCAUGGCCAUGGCACCACCGGAACCCUGACGCCCCACGGAGUGGCUACGUCGGCCACCUCGCCCACCGCCCACUCGGCGCCGCUGGGCAACAUCUGCAACACGCUGCCACAUGCACCGAGCUCCUCAAGCGGCGGCGGUCUGGCCGGCAAUCUGCCACUGAACCGGAACCUGGUGAUGCUGCGCAAUCACCUGCGCAAGAACACGGGCAGUAGCGCUGCCGGAAACGGCGGAACAGGAGCUUCCGGUGUGGGAGUGCAGCUGCUGCAGGACCAGGACGACAGACUGGAGGAUCAAUAACCCAUUUACUACAUCAAGUUCUUAGUUUAGUCUCCCGUUGAGUUAAGUGUAUUUCAAUUGCUGUGAUUCGAUAGUGAAAACAAAAGGCCAACACGCGUCUUUCAGUUCAAAUGUAUAGUAUGUAUAGAGAGAGAUAGACAGACAGUUAGGGAAAGAGAGAGCGGUAUAGUGGUGAUGCGUAGUGGGGGAGAAAGUGAGCGAGAUAGUGAGCAGAGAUAGUCAGAGUCAGUCAAUCCUUCCUCCGAUAAUGUUGGCAUUUACACAAAUAUUUAACACUUAUAUAUAAAUACAGACCUUACAGACUUAUA